AUGUGGAUGGCGGGACAACGGGACGCUUGGACCAUGGAUGACGUGGUAGAGAGGAGUUUGGAAGGGCCCAUGGCCCCUUCUACAGAUGAGCCCACCUGCAAAAGGGGAGAGCUGGUAGAAAUCUUAAAUGGGGACAAGGUACAUUUUGACGACACGGGACUCUCCUUAAUUCUUCAGAACGGCCUGGAGACCCUUCGCAUGGAGAACGCCCUCACGGAUGUCAUCUUGUGUGUGGACAUCCAGGAAUUCUCCUGCCACCGCGUGGUGCUUGCUGCGGCCAGCAACUACUUCAGGGCCAUGUUCUGCAAUGAUUUAAAGGAAAAGUACGAGAAGAGGAUCAUUAUCAAAGGGGUCGACGCUGAGAUCAUGCACACCCUCUUGGACUACACGUAUACCAGCAAGGCGCUGAUCACCAAGCAGAACGUCCAGCGGGUCCUGGAAGCUGCUAACCUCUUCCAGUUCCUGCGGAUGGUGGACGCCUGUGCCAGCUUCCUCACGGAAGCCUUGAACCCUGAAAACUGUGUUGGCAUCCUGAGGCUGGCAGACACCCACUCCUUGGACAGCCUGAAGAAGCAGGUUCAGAGUUACAUCGUGCAAAACUUUGUGCAGAUUCUGAACUCGGAGGAGAUCCUUGAGCUUCCAGUGGACACGCUGCACCACAUCUUGAAGAGCGACGACCUGUACGUGACCGAUGAGGUGCAGGUGUUUGAGACCGUGCUGAGCUGGGUGCGACACAAGCCGUCUGAAAGGCUGUGCUUGCUCCCCUGCGUGCUGGAGCACGUGCGCUUGCCGCUGCUGGACCCCUGGUACUUUGUGGAGACCGUGGAAGCGGACCCUCUCAUCAGGCAGUGCCCCGAGGCCUUCCCACUGCUCCAGGAAGCCAGGAUGUACCACCUCUCUGGGAAUGAGAUCAUUUCGGAGCGCACCAAGCCCAGGAUGCACGAGUUCCAGUCCGAGGUGUUCAUGAUCAUCGGCGGUUGCACGAAGGACGAACGGUUCGUAGCUGAGGUAACCUGUCUGGACCCGCUGCGGCGCAGCCGCUUAGAAGUGGCCAAGCUGCCGCUGACCGAGCAGGAGCUGGAGAGCGAGAACAAGAAGUGGGUGGAGUUUGCUUGUGUGACACUGAAAAACGAGGUCUACAUUUCGGGUGGCAAAGAAACGCAGCACGAUGUCUGGAAAUACAACUCCUCCAUCAACAAAUGGAUUCAAAUCGAGUAUUUAAACAUCGGCCGCUGGCGGCAUAAGAUGGUGGUGCUGGGUGGCAAGGUCUAUGUGAUCGGAGGUUUUGAUGGGCUUCAGAGGCUCAACAACGUGGAGACUUACGACCCCUUCCACAACUGCUGGUCGGAGGCUGCGCCCCUUCUUGUCCAUGUCAGUUCUUUCGCGGCCACCAGCCAUAAGAAGAAGCUGUAUGUGAUCGGGGGAGGGCCCAAUGGAAAACUAGCCACAGAUAAGACGCAGUGUUAUGACCCUUCAACCAAUAAGUGGAACUUAAAGUCGCCCAUGCCAGUGGAGGCGAAGUGCAUCAAUGCAGUGAGCUUCCGGGACCGCAUCUAUGUAGUCGGCGGGGCCAUGCGCGCGCUGUACGCCUACACCCCCUUGGAGGACAGCUGGUGCCUGGUGACCCAGCUCAGCCACGAGCGCGCCAGCUGCGGCAUCGCCCCCUGCAACAACCGGCUCUACAUCACCGGGGGGCGCGACGAGAAGAACGAGGUCAUCGCCACCGUGCUCUGCUGGGACCCCGAGGCCCAGAAACUGACCGAGGAGUGCGUCCUGCCCCGCGGGGUGUCCCACCACGGCAGUGUCACCAUCCGGAAGUCCUACACCCAUAUCCGGCGGAUCGUGCCCGGAGCCGUGUCUGUGUGACGGGGGCGGGGCGGGGGACCCCCUGGCGGAGGACCCCCCCUGGCCCCUGGCCGCCUGGCCUCUCCCUUCCUGCUUCUCAGUUCCCCCCUGCACUUCAGACUGCAGACCGCAGGCCCGACCUGAGUUUGGGGGCUCAUCGGAGGCUCACCCUGACUUCUCGUGCGUCGCAGCCUGGAGACCCCAAGACCAGCCAGGAAAGCCGGCCUGACCUACCUCUGCAGAGCCAGGUUAACCUCAGGAAGCACGCGUGGUGUGCUGGCUGGCCGGCUGGCCAGUGACCUGCUCACUGGGGGCCCUCGCUCCUGCUACACAGACAGGAGAGGGGAUGUCAGAGACGUGAAAUGACCAGUCCUGGUCGCGCAGGUGAACUCACCCAGCUAAGAGGCCCUGGCCUUUUUCCAGAGCAAACGGCGCCCUGUCCACAGCGCUGCUGCCCAGCGCAUGGCAGCCGAGCACCGAGCGCACCUUUUGUUUCCGCAGAUCUGUGGCCAAAGGAGCCACUGAGCAAGGCAGUGGGAGGAGCGGGGGUAGAGGGGUUCACCUCCGUUAUUUAAACCACUUGCAACUCUUGGUGUUGAGGCUAGGCUCGAGAGAAGCUUGGGGUCUCUUCCAUUGGACAGGUCUGGGGAGACGCAGCUGGAAAGGUCUGUUAGAGAGCAAAAACCUGGAGAAACACCCCCCCACCCCAAUCCCAGACCUGCCCUUGCUAGACAGAAGUAUACAGUCUGGUGGCCUUGUGUCCAAAAGCUAUCUUGCCCUACAGGGAAGAGGUUUCCAGCGAUUCAAACCCCAUGACAACAAACGGAAAGGUAGCCAUCGCAACCCUGCUGCCCAUUGCAGAAAAGGGCAGAUGUCAUCCUGGUGGCAUCCCUUCUACUUAUUAGUGACUUAGGUCCGUGUCCCAGAGAUACCUCCUUCCCCCAGGCGCCUUCCGCUGGGUGUUUGGGUCCUCGUGGCUCCACUUUGGGUGAAAGAACAGAGCCUGUCCUUCAGGCUAAGAUCCGGGCUCUUUCAAUGAGCUCACUCCGACGUGAGGAACAGGUGGGGAGAUCCUGUUUCCGAAGCCGGAUUUAAAAAGCAACAAUACUAACACGGUAACUGCGUGACCCGCGGGCUUUAUUUUCAUCCGAUGAUGUCAGCGCUCUUUAUAGAAUUUGAUUUCAUGUCCGAAGUGGGGUCCUGUGGUUGGCUUCUCAGCUGUUUGUUAUGAGUGGCGAGGGAAUCGUGAAUUUCACUUUCAUAAACAUGUCAUGGUAGGAAGGAGCCAGCUUCAAAGCAGGUAAAACCUGGAAAAACCACAGAUGAGAUUUCUGGUUACACCUUGAUGCUUGAAGACAAAUACAAAUGCCUGUUUGAGUGUGAAAGACUGGUGUCUUUGGGUCAGAAAAGCAAAAUGGAGAAAACAGAAAUCUUUGUGGUCAUGCAGAACACCACACCGUCCAUCACUUAUUCAACGCACACUGACUGGUGGGUUACUCACUCGGAGCCUUAUCAAAGCUUUUGGCUGAAACAGUGUAACCGAAUUCGACGCAGCAAACAUUCAAGGAGUUCUUUACAGUUCAACAAGCCUUGGGGGACCCUGAUGAUUAAAACAAAUCCCCGACUCUUAUUGAUUAAGACUCAUUCAGCUCGUCACUAAGCAACUGAUGGCUGUCCUAAGUUUUACCCUCUGCUUAAAAUGAGAUGUAUGUGAAGUUAUGCGGCUGUGGCCGGGUCUUCCCUGCCUUGGCUGAGCCUGUCUUCUGGGACGCUCUGCUCUUAGGUCAGCAAUGUGACCCCUGCUAGCAUGUUGGUCUCCUCCUGUGAGAUCUCUGGCCUUUGGAAGCCACCCGAGCUGCAGGGGACACCAGUCUUCUUCUGAAGAAGAGUCAGCGUGCACACGGACCCUCCCCUCAGACAGCCCUCUGUGUCAUGGGGCCCACGGUGGUCCUUCAAUAAGAAUCACUGGGGAACUCUGAACGCCACCUGUAAAUGUAAGGAUCUAGAAAGCUAGACAUCACCUUGCUAGGUAGUUCAGCAUACCUGAGGCAUCAAAGGGAAAACGACGCUCUAGGAGUCUUGUAUCAGGUGGUCAUGUGCAGGUGGUUAAAUUCCUGUGUACCUGGCACGCAAGAAACAGAGCUUCUUAGUAAUGGCAGGGUUUAGGGGACAGUGUGCUUAUUCAGGUGAUCUGGUGUUCUAGAAGACCUGGUGGUUAUGAAUUGGGCCGCUAACUGCAAGGUCAAUCGUUUGAAACCAGCAGCCACUCCG